CUCUAGUAAUGCUUCUUCUCGGUAGUUUUGCAUUUGGAGUAUUAGCAGAAUUUUCAUUUCGCUUAUUUGAUUAUUUGAUUUGUGUUUGUGAUUUUGUGGCUGUGUGUAUCCCAUGAAUGGUGAACUAUUUUGCCUUUUUAGAUUAGCUUCAAAUGGAUGCUCUGUGCUGUUUUUUUGGGCGUUAAUCGUCAAUCCAAACUGACUUUAAAAUGAACAUGCUAAAACAAAUUGAUAAAAUAAGGCAAAUAAUAGGUGCUUCUACUUGGUGACUCAUUUUUUUUUUCUUUGAACUUAAGAGCUCAUGAGGAACCACGAAAAACUGGAAAUGUAGUGAAAGAAUGCUAAUGUGUUUGUGUGAUGUUGCAGCUGAAGAAACCAGGAGAAGAUGAUUUUCUCUUUUUUCUGAGACUUGGAGCAAAGGAGAGAAAGGGAUAAGGGAGCAGAACAGAGAGAAAAACAGAGAGUAAUAGUUGAUGGACAGAACAGAACACAAGAGAAGAAGACAGUUAUCUUCAAUGGAUUUUGUCAUGCACCACCCUCCUUCACUUCCCUCCUCAUCCAAUAGUUAAGAUAUUAUUUUCUUCCUCUUCUUCUUUUUUUAUUAUUAUAUAUAAAAUUAGUAUGUUAUGUUUUCAAUCCCACUGAUCCGGUUUUCCAUUUGUAUGGUCAUAUUAAGCAAAGGCAAACAAGAAAAAAAUAAUAAUGCAAAUUUAAACUUAGCAUAAAUGGCAUGGAAAAUCUGUUUCUUGAUCUUAUUUCCUUUAAUUUGUAACAAAAAGUAGUAGUUAGCUUCAACACUAACACUAGCAAUGACAAAAUAGAUAUAUAUGAAUUGAAUUAUUAUUAUGAUGAAGAUGUGGGAGAGAUCUUGCUGCUUUAUUUUCCUUUAGAAAUAAUCGUUGUUCAAUUUUGAAUAUAAAUACUGUAUGUCAAUCAUGGCUUUCAUGAAAUGAUCUGUAUUAUCAUCUAGUUCUUUGUCAUCUACAAUAACAUUUUGUGGUAUUUCAAGUUCCACAUUAAAUUUCUGUCACGGAUCAUAGCGUGCAAGCACCUAUAGAUAACCAUGAAACUUCAACUAUAAAAUUUUUACUACUAUGAACAUGAACAACUCAGAUGAGCCAGUUAUGCCCUGUAGCACUGAUAUUGUGUCUUUUUACUAUCUCUGUCUGUUUUGAUGAUUGAUGAGAAUAAAUAUUUAGUUUCAGAUUGUUGAGAAUAAAUCUGCUCUUAAAGAGUGUACUUUAUUAUAUAGCCUUUAAUCAACUCAUAACUAGUGGUUCUGGCAGUUGGAGCCUUAUAGCUCAACCUCUUUUCUAGACAAAAAAAUAAAUAAAUCAAAUGAGUAACUAGGAGGACAGAUUUUUUGCCAAGAAAACCUGGGACUACUCAGGAAACAUUUGAGAGGAUAGAUAGAAGUGAUGCAAUAUGUUAUUUGCUUCCGUUUUGCUUCAUCAAUCAUUGUUUUAAUUCAGAUUUUUGUUGCUUGUCUACUUAUUACCCUACCUUUAUUUGAUGAUUCUGUUCCUUAUCAAUAGAAAGAAAUUUUGUGUCAAGCCUAUGGAGAAAGUGACAAUCUUCUUAACUGUGAUACAUGCACUUAUUCUUACCAUCCCAAGUGUUUAGUUCCAGCAAUUAAAGGUCCCAUUCCAGACAGUGUAAGUGCUUAUGCUUCAUAAUAUAUAAUAACAGAAUUUUGAGUAGUAGUGUUAUUUGCGUAAGAAGGCAAAGCAUGCAAAGAAUGAUGCAAUUGCAGAGGCUGCAAACCUUAAAGGUUCUCAUUUUUCUCUAUUCAUUACUCACUACUAUUUGAAACUAAUUUAUAUCCAAAUUGGUUUCUUACCUAUUCUAACCCGAAUGAAUUUUGAGAAGAAGUUUGGGCAGUCAUCUAUUUUUGUGACUUCAACUUUGAUGGAAGAUGGUGGUGUGCCUCAGACAUACCUUAUUGUGCAUAACUAGCUAUAAGCCAUACACUUAAUUUGUUUCAUUGAUUCAAGGAUCUUCAAAUGGAAGAGGGUAAAAUCGACUACAUUCCUCUUUCUGCUAUCUUCUUCGUGAAAGGCUAAUAACGGGCAGUGGAGAGAGAAUCUAAAAAAAUCAAGUUUAUUUUACAAUGAAAAAAUCUAAAAAAAAUUCUAUUUUACUUUACUGACGGAUUUACAAAUAGAUUUUCUCUCUGUAUUCAGAUUGUGGGAUGAUUUUCCAAGGUUCAAAUUACAGACGGAAAAUCUGUCAGAAAAUCUGUUGCCAAUUACCGACGUAAAAUCCGUCGAAAAGUUUGCCGUUUCAGGGAAAUGGAGGGGAGAAUUUACCGAGGAAAAAUCUGUCAGUAAUUGAUAAAAAUCCGUCGGUAAUUUUUCGAUGGAAAAAAAAUCUGUCGGUAAAUAAUUUCUGACGAGGCUUUUACAGAAGGACAAAAUCUGUCGGUAAUUUCGUCAGUAACUAAAAAUCUGUCUGUAAUAAAGAAUAAAUCUGUUUAUAAAUUUAUCUGUAUUAAGCAAUUUUCUAGUUGUGACAGCCGUCGUCAUCCUCCAUGGACAGCAGCUGCACACACCAGACGUCGUCCUCCUCCACACAUAGCAAUACCUCCCUAUACUUAACUACUCUCUGUCUGCAUCAUCAACUCCCCAAAAAUGGAGCCUCCGAGUUAGAUGGAACAAUCACAAAGUAACCCAUAGCCACAAGAUAAUGUUGUGCAAGAUUCUCAAACUGGUUCAUCCAGAGGUAAAUCUGAUCCAGCUUGGCAGUAUUUUACAGUGAAGUAUGACAAAAAUAACAAGGCUCAAUAUACAUGUAUUUUCUGCUUGAAUACUUACAAUGGAGGGGGGAUAUAUAGAAUAAAAUAUCAUCUUGCCAAAAUCCUGGGCAAAUUAAAGUUUGUAACAAAGUUUCUGAAGAUGUUGAACUUCAAUUCAAAAGGCUUUUGGAGGAAAACAAAAAAAUAAGGCAGAAAAAAGAAAAUAUACAGCUGAUUGUUAUGAUGUGGAAAGUGAAACACAAGCGGAAGAAGAGGGUGAAGCGCCUAAUCCUGUACAACCUCCGGCUCCUGCAACAAUGGGAGACAAAGGAAAGAGAAGAGCGAUUGCUGCUACUCCAAUUGGAAGUUAUUUUAAGGAAAGGACUACGACAGGCUCUCAACCAACUUUGAAAAGUGUCUUGGCCAGUAAACAAGUUAAACACAAGGUUAAGUUGGGACUUGCAAGAUGGAUCAUUGAUGCACGGAUUCCAUUCAAUGCAAUUCAAUCGCCUUACUUUCAACCUGCCUUGGACGGCGUUGCUGCAAUUGGACCUGGUUUCAAGGGACCGUCGUAUGAUGAAAUGAGAGUUCAUUUGCUGGCCGGUCUUAAGAAGGAGUGUCAGUUGCUUGUUGAAGGUUAUAGAAGCUCGUGGAAAAGGACUGGUUGUACACUGAUGGCAGAUGGCUGGACUGAUCAAAGGCAGCGUACGUUAAUUAAUUUUCUAGUUUAUUGUCCUGCUGGCAUGUCAUUUGUUAAGUCUGUUGAUGCUUCUGAUAUGAUAAAAACUGCCGAUACCUUGUUUAAAUUGUUUGCUGAGGUUAUUGAGUGGGUUGGGUCUAGUAACAUUGUGCAUGUGGUUACUGAUAAUGCUGCGAAUUAUGUAUCUGCUGGAAAACUCAUUCAUGAAAAGUAUCCAAACAUUUUUUGGUCUCCUUGUGCUGCUCAUUGCAUCAAUCUUAUCUUGAAAGACAUAGCAAGUCUUCCUCACAUAGCUGACCUUGCCUCUCGUGCUUCAAAAGUGACUGUGUUUGUUUACAAUCAUAUGAUUUUCUUGUCAUGGCUUAGAAAAAGAAAAGAGUGGAAAGAAAUUGUUCGACCAGGAGUAACACGUUUUGCUACUGUUUUCAUUACUUUGAAAAGUAUAUAUGAUCAUAAAGAAGACUUGCAAUCAUUGGUGAUUGACAAAUAUUUCACUUCUCAUAAAUUAUCCAAGAGUAUCAAUGGGAAGAUGGUUAGUUCAAUUAUCUUGGAUAGUAAGUUUUGGGAGGAUUGUUUUACUACUGUUAUGCUUGUUGGUCCUCUAAUUAAGUUAUUGAGACUUGUUGAUGCUGAUGAGAAACCUUCUCUGGGUAUCGUGUAUGCGGGCAUGCAAAGAGCCAAAAUUAAUAUCAAGACAAUGUUUAGAAAUAGGAAAUAUGCAUACACACCUUAUACAAAUAUCUUGAAAAUGCGGUGGGAUAAGCAUUUGAAGCGUGACCUCCAUGCAGUAGCAUACUUUUUGAAUUCAGAUUUCUUCUAUAGUGAGGGGUUUGUUGAGAAGGCAAAUAUCUUGAGGUCUUUGCUUGAUUUAUUUGAUAUUGAAACUCUUUGCGAUGACUCGGUUGCCGCAAUGCAAGAGAUACAGUUGUAUCGAGAUCGAAAAGGAAGUUUUGGAAGGGAAAGUGCAUUGAAAGCAAUUAAGAGACUUGAACCUGGUGAAUGGUGGAGGCUACACGGUGGGAGUGCUCCUAACUUGCAAAAAAUGGCAAUUCGUCUUCUUCAUCAAACAUCUUUAUCAUCCGGCUGCGAGAGGAACUGGAGCCUCUUUGAACAAAUCCAUUCAAAGAGGAGGAACCAAUUAGAGCAUCAAAGGCUAAGUGACAUUGUUUAUGUCACUUAUAAUCUACGCCUUCAAUCUAGAAUGCAUCGCAAGAAGAAGAAUUAUGAUCCAAUUGACAUUCAAAGCAUUGACACAGUAUAUUUUUGGGUAAUGCCGGAUGAAGAUGAUCCUGAAUUUACUCAUGGAGACAUCGAAUGCAUUGAAAAUUUAAUUUAUACGGAUAAUGCUAUGCCUUCAUAUCCUAAAGAUGGAGGAGAUGUGGAACUUGAUGUGAAUUUCCCUAAUGUUGCUUAUUCUUCAAAUACAGCUUCUUUUGGUGGUACUUCUGAUGAUGGUGGCUUUGGAUUACCUGUUUAUGAUGGAGAUAUUGGAACACUUAAUGAUAAUUAUGAUUUUUAAUGAGUUGCACCUUUGAUUAGUUGAAAACUUGCUAGUAAUUGUAUCUUUUGAAUGUAGAACAUUAUGGGUUUGUCAUUAUGUACGUUUUAUUUUUUGUUUAGUUAUAAACUUUGAUGUUUGAA